GCACGCCGUCAUCCUGCCACAUCCCACCCAGGAGCCCGUUCCUGCCAGCGAUGCUUUGGCCCUGAUGAACAGAAACAUGGAUGUCUUGGAAGGGGCCAUCAAGGAAGCUGCCCAGCAGGGUGCCCACAUCAUUGUGACUCCUGAAGAUGGCAUCUAUGGCUGGCAAUUCACAAGAGAAUCCAUCUACCCCUACCUGGAGGAUAUCCCUGAUCCAGCGGUGAAUUGGAUACCUUGCACUGACCCCUCAAGAUUUGGUCCAGCACCAGUACAGGAACGACUCAGCUGCAUGGCCAGAAAUAACUCCAUCUAUGUGGUUGCAAAUAUUGGGGACAAGAAGCCAUGUAACUCCAGUGACCUCAGCUGCCCCAGGGACAGUCGGUACCAGUACAAUACGGAUGUUGUCUUUGACACACAGGGCAAACUGGUGGCUCGGUACCAUAAGUACAAUCUGUUUAGAAGUGAAACUCAGUUUGAUUAUCCAAAAGAGCCAGAACCUGUCACCUUUGAGACUCCUUUUGGGAAGUUCGGCGUUUUCACUUGCUUUGACAUCCUUUUCUAUGAGCCUGCCGUGGUCCUGGUGAGCAAGAUGCAGGUGGACACCGUGCUCUUCCCAACAGCUUGGAUGAAUGUCCUGCCCUUUCUGACUGCAAUUGAAUUUCACUCUGCUUGGGCUAUGGGCAUGGGUGUUAACUUACUUUCUGCAAAUACUCACAACACCACCAAGGCAAUGACAGGCAGUGGGCUGUUCACACCAGAGGGACCUGCUGCCUACCACUACGACAGUGGCACCGAGGAGGGACGUCUCCUGCUAGCAGAGUUGAGUGCACACCCCCGUCUUUCCCCCACCUACCCCCCUGCCAUCAACUGGAGUUUGUAUGCCGCGACCAUCAAGAAGUUUCCUGGAGAAAAUGACACUUUCUCAGGAGCUGUCCGGAAGGAUAUAUUCACUUUCAGAGAACUCAGGCGCAAGGAUGGAAAUUACACUGUUUGCCAAGGAGACCUUUGCUGUCAUCUGGUCUACCAGAUGUCAAACAAGAGCAGAGAUGAAGUUUAUGUCCUGGGUGCAUUUGAUGGGCUUCACGGUUCUCUCAUAAAAUACCAUUGGCAGAUCUGCACUCUGCUCAAGUGCCCCAGCACAAACCUGAGCACAUGUGGGCAGCCUGUGGAGACGGCUCAGACAAAGUUUGAGAUGUUCUCCCUCAGCGGCACGUUUGGCACUAGCUACGUCUUCCCAGAAGUGCUGUACAGCGGGGUGCAGCUGGCCCCUGGGGAGUUUGAGGUGCUACGUGACGGCCGUUUGAAAAGCAAGCGUGGCGCGUCGAAACCGCUUGUAACAGUGACACUUUUUGGAAGGCUUUAUGAGAAGGACCAGCCACAUCCUCUGCGAAUUUCCCUGUAA